AUGGACGGACUUACGGCCUCGGAACAACGCGAGUUUGCUUCUCGCAUGGAGAGAAAGCAGAUGAAGGAAUUCAUGACCAUGUACUCCAAGCUCGUUCAGCGAUGCUUCGACGACUGCGUCAACGACUUCACCACCAAGUCCCUCGUCUCCCGCGAGGAGGGAUGUGUUAUGCGUUGCGUUGACAAGUUCCUGAAGGGAUCCGGCCGGUUGAACGAACGAUUCCAGGAGCAGAACGCCGCUAUGAUGCAAAGUGGACAGUUGCCCGGACGGUAA